AUUCUCAUUCACUCGGACCAACUUGUGACCGAAGAAAGCAAAUUAAGACUUAAGUCUCUCUACGCACCCAACCAGCCCCUUUUGGUCUGUAUCUUCGUCUUCGUUCAGACAACUUCAAACUCUUCUCUUAAUGGAUUGUUCUUCGUUUCUCGAUCUCAACACCAAUCCUUUCCCUGAAAUGCUUCCGAAGAAGGAGGCCUCGGUUUCGGCUUCCACUCAUUUUAAAAGGAAAUGGUUGGAGCAAGACGAGAGCGCAAGUGAGUUAAGAGAGGAGCUAAAUAGAGUUAACUCAGAGAACAAGAAGCUAAAUGAGAUGCUAGCUACGGUCCAUGAGAACUACUGCGCACUACGUCAUCAGUUGGAGAAGCUUCAGAGUCGACAGAGCCCUGAGAUCAGUCAGACCGAACAACCGAUAAAGAAGAGAAAACAAGACCCGGAUGAGUUCUUAGGCUUUCCCAUUGGACUCAGUAGUGGAAAAACUGAGAACAGCUCCAGCAAUGAUGAUCAACAGCAGCAAUACGAGCAGAAAAAUCAGCUUAUCUCAUGCAAAAGACCAGUCACUGAUAGCUUCAACAAAGCCAAGGUUUCGACUGUCUACGUGCCUACUGAUACAUCGGACACAAGCUUGACAGUAAAAGAUGGAUACCAAUGGAGGAAAUACGGACAAAAGGUUACAAGAGAUAACCCCUCACCUAGAGCUUACUUUAGAUGCUCAUUUGCGCCGUCUUGUCCAGUCAAGAAGAAGGUACAACGCAGCGCAGAGGAUCCGUCUUUACUGGUAGCAACAUACGAAGGAACGCAUAACCACUUGGGUCCAAACGCUUCCGAAUGUGAUGCUACAAGCCAGGGUGGGUCAAGCACUGUGACUUUGGAUCUAGUCCAUGGUAGUCAUAGAUUAGCUUUGGAGAAGAACGAAAGGAAUACGAUGCAAGAUGUUCUGGUUCAACAAAUGGCGUCCUCAUUAACUAAAGAUUCAAAAUUUACAGCUGCCCUUGCUGCUGCAAUAUCUGGGAGGUUGAUGGAGCAAUCUAGAACAUGAAAGUUCCAGUGAAUGUUUUGUUUGUUUAUCAUCCCUGGGAAAAGAAUGAGUUUUUCCUCUUUUUCUGAAUCGUAUCUUUCGAUCAGGAGAUUAAAAAAGAAAAUGUAAACUUUAGUCUUUAGUGUACAUAAACAUUAUAAGUACAUGAAAUCACAAGUGUAUUUGAGAAAAUUUAAAUGUUGGUAAUAGUUAGAUGAACAUUGAUUCGUCUGAAUUUAUGAAAA